AUGAGAUUCAGCAAGGUAAAUUAUAAUUUGACACCGUUUAGUUCAUAUAUUAGAAAAGAUGCUUUAUUUUCAGAAAUGCUUACAGAAAAAGACUUACUGGUAUCUCAGAUAAAGACUUCUAAUCAGGAAUUGCUUUCAUCGAAGGAAAUGUUACUCCAAGAGAUGAGCAUGGACCGAGUAAGAUCAGCAAGUUUGCAACGUGAGUUAGAAGAAACUACGCAACUGUUAGGAGUUGUUAAACAACUCCUAAAAGAAAAAGAAGCAGUCAUAGAAUUGCAAAACUUUGAUGGAAGACUAAUGGAAAAAGUCGUUACUUCUGAUGAGCAGUCGCAAACUGAUGAUUCGCAGGAAUAUAUACGAAGUUUGGAAAUGGAAUGUGAAAGAUUGCGAGAAAUCGAGAAAAUUGCUUCCGAGAAGGAUGCGUUGUUGAAAGAAGGGCAAAAAUUACAGAACAUUCUUGAAAUGGAGUUGCAGAUUGCGAAAGCUGAAGCUUUAACUGAAAAAGAAAAAAAGAUAGCAGAAGAAGCGGUUUGGGAAGAAGUGAAGCAGGGACUUAGCACUGAAAUUCAAGCGUUAAAUAUGCAUCUACUUGAAUUGCAACGCUCUAAAGAAGAAGAGCAAGCUUCAGCAAAUCAGAAUUUUGAGAUGACUAAAAUGGCUUUAGAAGCAAAAAUAAAGGAAAGUGAAGAAGAGAUCAAGAAAAAAGAUGAAGAAAUCAAAGUAGCGCUCAAGAAACAGUCUUCAAUGGUAAAGGAAUUACGGCGUCAAGUGCAGUCGGAGAAAAAACGCGCUGAACAAGCCGAAAAGCAUUUGGAUGAUGUCCUUGGCGUGGGUGAUGCUAAUGUCUAUACACAUAAUAGUGCUCGAAUACGAGUAGCUGGAUCACCAUCUGCUCUUUCUGAUCGUUUCAAAAUGAAAGGUGAUGGAGAAUCCAGCAUUUGUUCUUGGGCAUUUGUGGCAGAACCGGACAGAAAUUCUUUUCAAAAUUUUGACGAAGAAAGUUCUUGUUCAGCAUCAAUUUUAGAAGCUGAUAAUGCAGAAUUAAUUAGUCAUUUAGCUGUUUUGCAAAAGAAACAUGCUGAAACCAUUGACCGCUUAAAUAUAAUCGAAGAAGAGAAUGCUUUGUUGCGAAAGGAAGUAGAAGAAAAGAGUGAAGUAAUUGCGCAGUGGAUUCGUACUAUACCUGAUUCUAGUCAGAACCCGCAAGUGGCAAAUUCAUCACCUGGUUUGCGGUUUCGUCGUAUGCUUGAAAUGGUUCGUAUGGGUGAAUCAGCUGCUGAUAUACGUGAUAUGAAUCGGCGUUUGCAGCGCAUGCUAGAGGAAACACUGUCGAAAAAUCUAGUUUUGCAAAAGAACAUUCAGACAUUAUUGGAGAAAGAUGGUAAUUGA